GGCGAUCAAGCUAUUUGGGAGGAAGAUACCGCUGAUGGAAGAAGGUGGUGUAGCCGAUUCGUCGGAGCAGAAGGAUAAAUCCAAAGGAAAAACAAACUUCGAAGUUGCCAUGCCAAUGCUGGACUCUCCAGGAGAGCUGAAUCCAAAGGAGCUGCUCAGCUCUUCUGUUCUGAACAACUUCAUUGAAGCCGGCAAAGAAACUUUAACCGAGACCACAAACCAAGCCGAAGAACCACAGCCCGAACCGGUUCACAAAGAGGCCGCCAUUUCAGGUCAAGAUAAGCUCCUCAAGAAGCCAGAUAAGAUCCUUCCAUGCCCGCGUUGCAACAGCAUGGACACCAAGUUCUGUUAUUACAAUAAUUACAAUGUCAACCAACCAAGACACUUCUGUAAAAACUGCCAAAGAUAUUGGACAGCAGGGGGAUCAAUGCGAAACGUUCCCGUCGGCGCCGGAAGACGUAAAAACAAGCACACUUUGUCCGGCUACUGUCAUACAUUGAUCACACCUGAUUCACUCCCAUCAGUUCAAACGGAUGUUCCUGAUUCAAUCGAUCCUAAACCCGCAUCUCCCUUAAACUGCAACACCACCAUAUUAAAAUUUGGACCAGAUGCUCCUCUCUGCGAAUCCAUUGCCUCCAUGCUAAACCUUGCAGAGCAGAACUUGGAGCUUACAGAGAGUAGAGAUGAAACUUCAUGUUCAUCAGUCUCCAAGCCAGAAGAAAAUGGCUUCCCUGAAAACUCCAUGAAUUCUUACAGUAAUGGAAUCACACCCUUUCCUCACUUCCAGUAUUUCCCAGGUCCUCUUCUCGCAUUUCCCUUCGGUCCAGGAUGGAACAAUGCUCCUGUCACAGGUCAGGAGAAUGGCUUCCUAACACUGAUGCCGCCAUUGUUGACCUCUCCAGCUUUCUGUCCUCCUCUUCCAUUCCCAUUUUGGAGCUGGACUGGUAAACCAUGGAAUCCACCAUGGUUGAUAUCAUCAUCUUCUUCUUCUUCUUCCACAAUCACCACUCAUUGUUCUGGAAAUGCUUCUCCAACCUUGGGCAAGCAUUCCAGGGAGGAGAAUUCAGAGAAAUCUUUAUGGAUUCCGAAGACGCUGAGAAUCGACGAUCCGGUCGAGGCGGCGAAGAGCUCCAUCUUUGCCACUCUUGGCAUCAAACCCAUGGAAGCUUGUACCUUCAAAUCCUUCUCAUCAAAGAAUGAAAAUGGAGCAGAAGGUGGCUCCAACACCUCACAAGUACUGCAUGCCAAUCCAGCUGCAAUGUCUCGGUCUCAAUCCUUCCAGGAAAUCACAUUGUAAGGGAGUUACUAAUUCCAUCCAGAAAUUUGUGUUUCAGAUUGCUGUAAUUAUACCUUUUAUAAAUAUUGAGUGCGGCCUUUGGGGUCAUCUCUGCAAUUUUGGAAGGGUUGAUGAUGUAAAUUUUGGUAAUAAUGGUACAUAAAUGUUAUUGUCAUGGUUUGGAAUAAGUUUUAGUUGAGA